UUUUAAUACUGACGGGAACGUGCUCGCUGUGUUGUGAUACAACCUAGACAGCCAAGCGAGUGAUGAGUCUUUUGGUUCCCAUCACGUAGAAUACUUGAAAUAUUAAAGCCUUUACCAACCGCAGAGGCAUCGUCGGAAAUCCCUAUAUUCACGACAAAUGAUAGAAUGGAAAACCUGGAGUUGAGCCUGACAUCUCUAGGGGCAAUCUCAAGACAUAUCGAUAAAAGUCACAACGAACUCAGCAAAUAUCUCGCAAAACAGAUAUGGAGUCAGCAGGACAGGCAGUGUAUACUAGAAUGUCUUGCGCAGCUCCUGCUGGAGAAGGAAUACACCCUCCUCAUUUCUCGUCACUUGCGGCCACUGAUCCUGGACCUGUUGGAGAGGAAUGCUGAGAGGGUCAAAGUAGACGUCAGUCUGAAUCAUGACCUCCAUGAGCGCUUGUGUGUGGCUCUAAGCAAACUUCUUAACAUCAGUCCAGAUGCUCAAGCGUUUGCAGCGAGGUAUUUUAGCAGCUCUCCCCCAGUAUUUCAGAGGCUCUUCUUCACCAGCGAAGAGGCUGCUUCCAUCCAGUAUGGGCCCAGACGGAUGAAAUUACGGGACCUGAUGGGGGCCACCCUCCGCUUCCUCCAAAGCGAUUGUGAGAAGUUCCGUGUCCUGUGGGACUGGAGUGCCUGUGUUUCACAGCUUCUCACCAGUGACGUCAUGGUCAGAAGCUACACUGCCCAGUGCCUUGCCCUGGUGUCCCACAUGACAGAUAACCAGAAAACAAUAUUUUUGAGGAAGGUGCUUUCGAGUGAAGAGAUUCUCCAUCUGAAAAUGAAGUCACUUGAGGAGACACAGCUGCUGGAGGUAGAAAAAGCUCUGGUUUUGGCCAAUCAGGGCUCAGCAGUAUGGCGGAAAGAGAGGGUAAAAAAAAUCACCCGCGGUCAAGUGGUGACAGAAGACCUGACAAGGAGUGUUACUGUGGUGUGUGGGGUGAUUCUACCUAGACGGACCCCUCGACAGGAUGAACAGACAAGUUUAAGCAAUUUAGUGCUGGUGGAUUCAACCUGUCAAAAUCUUCGGCGACUCGCCAUGGCUGUGGCGUCCCAGAAGCCCAUUCUUUUGGAAGGGCCAAUUGGAUGUGGAAAAACUGCUCUUGUUGAAUAUCUUGCUGCUGUCACUGGGCACAUUAAAGCCCCUGACAUCCUUAAAGUUCAGCUUGGAGAUCAAACCGACAGUAAGAUGUUGCUGGGUAUGUACCGCUGCACAGAUAUUCCUGGAAAGUUUGUGUGGCAGCCAGGAUCCCUGACACAGGCAGUCUCUAAAGGUUACUGGAUUCUGCUGGAGGACAUUGAUCACGCUCCUUUGGAUGUGAUAUCAGUUCUGCUCCCUCUCAUGGAGAACAAGAAAUUGACUAUUCCAGGACGUGAGGACUGUAUUCAGAUGGCCCCAUCAUUCCAGUUUUUUGCAACACGAAGGACGUUUUACAGUGGAGGAGCCUGGCAUAGACCGCAGAGUUCACAUGCUGCACUUCUGGACAAAUACUGGAGUAAACUGCAGAUUGGCAACAUGAGCCGAGAGGAACUUAAACAGGUCCUAAUGAAGAGGUACCCUAACCUGGCAGUGGUGGUGGAGCGUCUUUUGGACAUCUACUGCCAGCUAACAGGAAACAGACAUAAAAUCAGCUCUAGUCCACAGGGUCCAAGUGCAGCCCAAAACAUAUCAGAUGAACACAUCACAUCACUGGAGGGCAGAGGCCUCUCACUGAGGGACUUGCUGAAAUGGUGUGAGAGAAUCUGCUUAAAUUUUGACAGCUCUUGUGCUUCCACAGCACAGAAUGUGUUUCUAGGGGCUCUGGACUGCUUCACUGCCAUGCUCUCCCAAUCCGAGAGCAGACUCAAGAUGGCAGAGAUCAUUGGCAGCAAACUCAACAUAUCCAGAGAGAAGGCCCAGCACUUUUGCCAGAUGUACCUGCCUGCAAUCAGUGUGACAGAGCUGGAGGUGACGGUGGGCCGUACCAUGUUACUCCGCAAGCAGAGUGACGCAGUGCGGCUGAGCAUAGGCAGACAAAUAUUUGCCGCCACACGGCCAUCCUCUGUACUUUUGGAGCAACUCUCAGUGUGUGUCACUAAAGGGGAACCUGUCCUGUUGGUCGGGGAGACGGGCACAGGAAAGACCUCUACUGUGCAGUACCUGGCAGAAAUGACAGGACACAAACUCAGAGUGGUCAACAUGAACCAACAGAGUGACACUGCUGACCUAUUAGGAGGGUAUAAACCAGUGGACCAAAAGCUUAUCCUGUUGCCCUUCCGGGAAGUAUUUGAGGACCUCUUUUCCCAGACAUACUCACGGAAACAGAACCUGACCUUCCUGGGCCACGUCCAAACCUGCUUCAGAGGCAAACGCUGGCAUGACCUUCUGAAGCUCAUGGACCAUGUCUGCAAAUCAGCACUAACCAAGGAACUACAUGAUAAACCCAAUGCUGCCUUGCUGCAGGAGCAGUGGGAGGCUUUGGCUCUCAAACUCAGUCAGACACAGGAACAGAUUCGGGCCUGUGAAUCCGCUUUGGUCUUUGCGUUUGUGGAGGGGACUUUAGCCCAGGCUGUGAAGAAGGGCGAAUGGAUCCUGCUGGAUGAGAUUAAUCUGGCUGCUGCAGAGAUGCUGGAGUGUCUGAGUGGAUUGCUGGAGGGCAGCGCUGGGUCACUGGUGCUGCUGGAUCGAGGCGAUACUGAGCCUCUGGUUCGUCACCCAGACUUCCACCUGUUUGCCUGCAUGAACCCAGCCACUGAUGUAGGCAAGAGGAACCUGCCACUGGGCAUUAGAAACAGAUUUACAGAGUUGUAUGUGGAGGAGCUGGAGAGUGAGAGUGAUUUACGAAUCCUCGUCUCUGACUACCUCAAAGGCCUUAACAUGACCAGAGGCAUCAUCCAUGGAAUCAUCAGGUUUACAAUUGUGAUGUUCCUAUAUAAGGUUUCUUAAAACAUGCGUACUCUGUGCCGAGCUCUGAAGUAUGUGGCCUCUGACCCCUGCUACAACAUCCAACGCUCCCUCUAUGAGGGUUUCUGUCUGAGUUUUCUCACUCAGCUGGAUCGCAGCUCUCACCCUGUUGUGCAGAAACUGGUGUGUCAGCACAUACUAGGAGGAAAUGUGAAGUGUCUAAAACAGCCAAUCCCACAGCCAAAGGACCGCAUAUGCAUGCAGAUAGAGGAGUACUGGCUGAGUCGUGGUGACAUGGAGCCUACUGUAGACCCCAGUUACAUCCUCACACCCUCCGUCAAGCUCAACCUGAAAGACCUGGCACGGGUAGUGUCUGCCGGCAUUCAUCCAGUGCUUAUUCAGGGGGAAACGUCUGUAGGAAAGACGAGUCUGAUAAAAUGGCUUUCAGCUGCCACAGGAAACCAGUGUGUGCGGAUCAAUAACCAUGAGCACACGGAUAUCCAGGAGUACAUCGGCUGCUACUCCUCUGAUGAGCAUGGCAAACUUGUCUUCAAAGAAGGCGUUCUGAUCGAUGCCAUGCGGAAAGGUUAUUGGAUCAUUCUAGAUGAACUGAACCUUGCCCCCACUGAUGUCCUCGAGGCCCUGAAUAGAUUGCUGGAUGAUAACCGGGAGCUCUUCAUCGCCGAGACACAGGAAGUGGUCAAAGCCCACCCCAGAUUCAUGCUCUUUGCCACCCAGAAUCCUCCUGGGCUUUACGGGGGCAGAAAGGUUCUGUCCCGAGCGUUUAGGAACCGUUUUGUAGAGCUGCAUUUUGAUGAGCUGCCCAGUGUAGAGCUUGAGAACAUUCUCCAUCAGCGCUGCAGUUUGCCCCCAUCCUACUGCUCCAAACUUAUCAAAGUCAUGCAGAACUUGCAGUCCUUACGUAGAGGAUCCAGUGUGUUUGCUGGGAAACAUGGGUACAUUACCCUAAGAGACCUGUUCCGCUGGGCUGAACGCUAUAGGCUGGAAGAGCAGAAUGACACCUCACGUGAUUGGCUACAACAUUUGGCCGAUGACGGCUACAUGCUGUUGGCCGGCCGUGUCAGGAAGCCAGAGGAAGCGCUAACCAUCCAGAACAUUUUGGAGAAGCACUUUAAAAGGACUGUGAACCCAGAUGUUCUUUUCUCUGAAGCUCAGGUCACCUCUCAGUUCAGCCCUUUUGUGGACAGCAUUGCGGGUGUCCCUGAAGAGUUCGGUCAUGUGGUGUGGACCCAGGGCAUGAGGAGACUGGCUGUGCUAGUGGGACGAGCACUUCGUUUUGGAGAGUCUGUUCUACUUGUCGGGGACACGGGCUGUGGUAAAACCACCAUCUGCCAGCUGUUUGCUGCAUUAGCUGGUCAGAAGUUCUUCUCUGUGAACUGUCACUUGCAUAUGGAGACGUCUGACUUUCUGGGUGGCCUCCGACCUGUCCGUCACACAGGAACCCAACAGGCUGAUGCGGAGGACGGCCGUCUGUUUGAAUGGCGUGAUGGACCACUGGUGCUGGCGAUGAAACAGGACGGUGUGUUUCUAAUGGAUGAGAUCUCGCUGGCAGAUGACUCUGUGCUGGAGAGACUCAACAGCGUGUUGGAGACUGAAAAAUCAUUGGUGCUGGCAGAGAAAGGCAGCGGAGAUGAUGAUGAUGUUGAGCUGAUCAUUGCUGGGAAGAAGUUCCGGCUUGUCGCUACCAUGAACCCUGGAGGUGAUUUUGGAAAGAAAGAGCUUUCUCCAGCACUCAGGAACAGGUUCACAGAGAUUUGGUGCCCCCAGAGCAACAGUCGUAAUGAUCUAAUGCAGAUCAUCCAACACAAUCUGAGGCCUGGACUCUCUCUGGACCAGCAUGACCACCAAGGUAAAGACAUAGCAGAGCUCAUGCUGGACUUCAUCGACUGGCUGACCAAUCAGGAGUUUGGCCGACGAUGUAUUCUAAGCGUGCGAGACAUUCUGUCGUGGGUGAACUUCAUGAACACGGUAUGUGAGCGGGACGAGGAUGGCUUCAUGACCAUGGGGGAGCUGGAGGAGAAUGAGCCAGAAUGGGACCUGAGAUUGGACACCGUAACAGCCUUUAUUCAUGCUGCAUGCCUUGUGUAUGUGGACGGAAUCGGCUCAGGAACCACAGUGUCGGCAGCAGAGAAUGCCCUGGUGGCACGGAAAUUGAGUAUGGAAUACCUGGAGAAGAGACUGAGCAGAAUUACAGAGCUAGAUGAGGAGGUGCAGGAUGCGCUCCGAGUCUACGACACUAGUGUCCCCCGAGAGCCCCAGUGGGGUGAAGACUUCUUUGGCAUUGACCCCUUCUACAUCGCUGCAGGUCCUGAGAGUGAGGGCAGGAGUCUGUUGGACUACGUUUUGAGUGCGGGCACCACUGCAGUGAAUGCUCAGAGGAUAUUACGGGCACUGAAGCUUCAGAGACCCAUACUUCUCGAGGGCUCACCUGGAGUGGGCAAAACCAGCUUGGUUGCUGCCCUUGCCAAGGCCUCUGGGAACCAUCUUGUCAGGAUCAACCUGUCUGAACAAACUGAUGUUACGGAUCUCUUUGGCACAGACCUGCCAGUGGAAGGUGGGAAAGGAGGAGAGUUUGCAUGGCGUGAUGGUCCUCUCCUUGCUGGGCUGAAGGCUGGACAUUGGAUCGUCCUAGAUGAGCUGAAUCUGGCCUCUCAGUCAGUGCUGGAAGGUUUGAACGCUUGCUUUGACCAUCGUGCUGAGAUCUACAUCCCUGAGCUGGGCAUGUGCUUCCACGUUCAGCAAGAGAAGACCAAGAUUUUUGGCUGCCAAAACCCUUUCACACAGGGAGGAGGACGCAAAGGCCUUCCCAGGUCCUUCCUUAAUAGAUUCACUCAGGUUUAUGUGGAUGCGCUGACCAAUGAAGACAUGCAGUUCAUUGGUGACUCCAUCUUUCCUAACAUUGACAAUGUGGUCAUUUCAAAAAUGGUGCAGUUUAGUAACCGGCUUGUCCAAGAAGUGACAGUUGAAAGGAAAUGGGGCCAGAUAGGAGGACCAUGGGAGUUUAAUCUCCGUGACCUGUUCCGUUGGUGCCAGCUGAUGCAGACAGACCAAUCACCAGGCUUCUUCAACCCUGGCCAGCAUGUUGGACUUGUGUAUGCAGACCGCAUGAGGACUGAGGCAGACAAGGCUCAGGUGUUAGCAGUGUUUAGGAAGGUGUUUGGAGAAGACUUUGAACCUUAUAUGGGCUCCAGACAGUUCCAUAUCACCCCUUUGAACUUACAGUUGGGUUACUCAGUCCUGCAGCGUAGUGGAGGGGCACCUAUUGCUCUGGAUCCUCCUUUGUCGAUUACCCAUCAUUCUUUGCGCCCUCUGGAAGCCCUGAUGAAGUGUGUGGAGAUGGGGUGGAUGGUCAUACUGGUGGGUCCUACUGUGAGUGGAAAGAGCAGUUUAGUGCAUCUGCUUGCGCUGUUAACAGGACACAGACUGAGGGUCAUGGCCAUGAACAGCGCUAUGGACACAACGGAGCUGUUGGGUGGUUUUGAGCAGGUGGACAUCAUACGGCCGUGGCAGCAGGUCUUGGAGAGCAUGGACUACGUGGUUGCCAUGGUGACCAGACGAGGCCUGAUGUCAUUGGACGGGGCGGUGCAGGACACUGAGUUUAUGUUGAGCACGUGGAGCACUUUCCGCCGCUGGCUGAGAGAGGAGGGUCUGGAUACCACAGAGGGCAUGGUCACGUUUGAGGCUUUAAACAAACUGGAGGUCAUCAUUGUUCUGCUGCACAAACUCAACACUAAACUCAAGGUCUUAACAGACAUGUCAAAGCUGCAGAUGGACUUCACUCUACUGAAGGAGCGGUUGGCCCAGAUGCAGGAUGGCUGGACUCAUGGUGGCUUUGAGUGGCUGGAUGGGACAUUAGUUCAGGCGCUGCAGGCUGGAGACUGGUUGCUCAUGGACAAUGUCAACUUCUGCAGCCCUUCAGUGUUGGAUCGACUGAAUGCCCUUCUGGAGCCUGGUGGGUCAUUAACCAUUAAUGAACGAGGGAUCAUUGAUGGAACCACACCCACCAUCACACCCCACCCUAACUUCAGGUUGUUCCUCACCAUGGAUCCCACACAUGGGGAAAUCUCUCGAGCCAUGAGAAACCGUGGUGUUGAGAUCUACAUCCCUGGCGAGCAUGAGGGAGUGUGCUGGGACGCCCUGGAUCUAAAGAUGGUGUUACACACCCUGGGUGUGACAGGAGACUGCGUGUGUGACCUGCUGAUCUCCAUUCAUUCAGAAAUCAAGAACACAAUAUGGGACUCACCUGCAUCAUCCAUGUCGUCUCUGCUCCAUGCUGCGUCUCUGUUGUCUGGUCAGCUCCAGAGAGGUGUUGAUUUGCCCAGUGCCCUUUUACAGGCCUGUGGAGAGGCUUAUGCUUUCUGUCAACGCACCACUGCUAACCAGCAGCUGGCUCAGGAAGUCAUUGAGAGGCAGUUGGCAGUGCUGGACUCUGAGGACUGGGGCAGUGGGCUUCUGUGUGCGGGCGUGUGGCCGGACCGCAUCCCCUCAGCCCUGCUGUGCACUGAGGACUCGUGUUUCUCCAGUGUCCAGAGAGACGGACAGGUCCUCCUGUACUGCCUCAACACUCUCAGUCUUUACGGAAAAAGAAAUCGUCCACUGAGCCUGGUUGACCUGCAGAGGGCAAUGCAGAGCGGGGCUGUGCUGGAUGGGCUGCAGUUUUCUGGAGGUGGAGGACUGGACGGUGGAGCUGAGAAUGCACUUCGCCUCCUCCCGACAGCAGUUAACAUACUGACAGAAAGAGCUUCUCACAGUGACUGGGUCCUCAGAACCAGCUGGCUCUCCCACCUUACCAAAACGUACAAACAUGCAGAUGCAGCUCUGAUGCAGCUGGAGGCAGGAUGCACUGCGCUGAAGGCUGUUUUCAGCAGCAAGCUCAUCGGGAAAGGCAAAUGUCUGGCAGAGCUCUUGCAACCACACAGCACAGAUGACUACAGGAUUCUGGUAGACAUGCGCUGGAACAAGCAGUACUUGGACAUUUUGGCCAACACCUGCAACUUUGAGGAUGAGGAGAGAUACAUGGAAUUCAUGGAAGCACUGAAUGCUGUUGCCAACAGAAUCACAUUGCUGAUGGACCGAGAGGAGAGAGCAGCUAUUAACAGCAGUACUGGAAACAGCUCGCCUCAUAACAGCGCACUUAGGCUGGCCACUGCCUUCUCUAAAGGGACGGUUGACAUAGGCCACCUGCCUCAUCCAGUGUUGGUCCACCUGCGCUCAUUCUUCGACCUGUGGGAUUCAUUCGUACUGCAAGCUGUGCAGUCGGGCCAGCCCUACAUCUCUGACCACCUCAUGUUUGAGAUCCUGCAGCUGCUGCAGUGGAGUGAUCGUUUCUGGCAUGUGUGUAACUCUCUGUCCGUGGAUACUCGGAGUGUGUGUGUGAUGUCCCUGCACUGGCAGUGGGUGCACAAAAACCUCAUUUUACGGCUGCCUCAGCUUUUGAUGGGAGAUAGUGACUAUGAAGGCCAACAGGAACUACACACGAUCUCCACGGCCAUCCAGAACACACUUUCCAGCCCUGUGGCUGUGGCUUCUGCUCUGAAGGGCAUUCAGAAGACAUUAGGAAAACCACUGCCAUUUAAGCUGGAGGCAGUGGCUGAAUGUGCUGCCCGUCUGCGAGUGCUGUGCAGGGCUUUGGAUGUUAGGGACCUGCGACUCGACAACAGCCUCAAAUCGCUGUGGAAACAAGAGGUGUCUCGUCUCCGUGGUGUGGCCAUGGGAAUUGACUCCAAAGAAGCUCUACUGGAAGCUUGGGGUUUGGUGCUUCAGGCCAACCUCCUGCUGGAGCCUCAGAAUUCAGGGGUUCUGGAGAGGCUUGUGAGCUGUGUGGAUCAGCAGCAGGGUCAUAUGGCUUCCUGCGGCCUGCUGGACUCUCUUUCAGAAGAUAAUGAGGAAGAAGUUGGAGACGGUGCCGCACCGGGCCGGGAGGUGUUACUGCAGCUUGCACGCAGGGCUCAACUGUGGCCUGCACUGGAGGAGUUGGCAGUCCUUAACCAAAUGAAAGUCACCACAGACCUGCUGUACCUGUCAGUCACACCAAGGAGCAGUAAGAAAGCAGAAGAUGGUCUGCGCAGGUCCUUCUCUAACCAUCUGCGUUUCUGUAUGCAGUCGACCCCCAUGAAUAUCCGACAGCUGCAGCCUCUCUGGUUCCUGCUCGGCACUGAGCGGCCUGUGGAGGAGCUGCCGCUUGUGUGGUGUGAGCUGCUGUCUGAGACACUCGCAGCGUUAUGGAGCGGAAGCGUGACCUCUGACCCUGACCGCUGGCUGAAGUGGAAUCCGCUGAACCCUGAGGAGCACAUGAACUCCAGAUCACUGUUGGGACCAUCUGAUACGGGUCCUGGCAUGCUGAGUCGUGCAGUGUGGUCCCGCUGCAUGCUGGGAGUUCUGAGCAGCACUGAUGCUGGCGGCCGAUGGGAUCCAUCGGGGUCACACUUCCUGUCAUCAUCACGUUUGACCCUGGGCGAGUGGAGAGAGAGAACCGGGCAGCUACAAGAUCUGAGUGCUGUGAUCUGGGAUAAUAUGGCUAUGCCUGAGCUUGCUGACUUCAGAUUAACUGACUGUAGGUUGCAAGGACUUGUGUUGCGUAAACAACUGCAGUCUCUCUCUGAGCUGUUGUCUCCAGGUUUACAGGAAAGCUAUGCAGAAUCCUGUGACAGUCUAACUGAAGGCCAGGACCCUAUUUCUGCAGCGCAGGAGAUUCAGAUCGCCAUCAGAGAAGGCCUGCCGGAAAAUCUGCUCCCAGAGGGCUUUCUAGAUACCCUAGUGACAUGCUUGACACAGUUUGCACAAAACCGGGCACAAGAUUCAGUCCAACUUUCCCGGUCUGGAGUUUUCUGGGUGAAUAUGGGUCUGCUGCAAAUCCAAAUUUGGGCUCCACAAACAAUUUUUGACCCUGCAGCAAAAAGGGCAUAUAAACUCCGCUAUGCACAAGAAGAGCUUGCUUUACUACAGGAAGAGUGGAGAGGGCGGAGUCUGUCCUCACAGCUGCUCACAGGGGCGGAGCUUGAGGAGAGUAGCACAACUGACAACUUCCAGCAUCCUCGCAUCAGGUACUUGUGGAUCCGUAUGCAGCAGGUGAAGGAGCAGAUUUGUGAACUGAGUCGUAAACAAGCCUGCCGCCCCCCUGACCCCCAAUAUGGUCGCCUGUAUCAGGAACUUCAGCACUACCUGUGCAGCAUCGGCCAACCAGCUGCAGUGGGCAACCUGCUCUCCCACCUCCUGAAGGCCUUACAGGCCCCAAAAUCAAGACUGGGAAUUCAGGGUUUGUUGAAGGAGGAAGCUGUCUGGCAGGCUUCACAGCACCGCUUUGCCCAGCGGCUGGUUGAGGAGUACCCGCUUUAUCCUGACGUGGUUGUACCCCUACGGGCAGCAAUUUUGCAAGUGCAGCAUGGCAUGCGACUCCUGGCGUCUCAGGUGUCCUCGUCAGUGACUGCCCAACCGGGUCUGUCACGUCUCGUGUCCACUAUGCUAGCUUUUCCAAGUCCAGCGUCGUCCUCUGAUAUGGCUUGUGCAGACUACCUGUGUUCAAGGGAAUGCUUGCACAUGCUAAAGGGCCUGGGAAAGCAGUUGCCAGCAACAGAGGUCAGCCGUGUGAUCCCAGAUCAUGCACUUUUGUUGUUGAAUGCACUGCUGUACAUACAGAGUCACACACUGAGUGCUGGACAUCUCAGUGCAGAGACGCAAAAACUCUUCAGACAUGUUUGCCAGGCUAUAGUGAAUGAAUGGGACGAGCAGGAGAAGAGAGCGAGAGAAAAAGAGCAGAUGGAAGCCAGUCUGUACCGCAGUCGCUCUCGUCUACAUGGGACAGGCCUUACAGAGGACCAGCAGGAAGAGAGAGAGUUCAGACGCUCUUUCCCGUCUUACCACAAGGAUUUUGCUGAUAUCACUUCAGAACCUAGUCUUGAUCAGCCAAUAAUCAUAGAGGAUGACGAUUAUGCAGAUAUGGAGGAGUCGUCUAGUGAGACGAGCAGCUUCCUGUUGGUCAGCAGCAUGAGCACAGUGGUUCAGGUCCAUCAGAGACUCUGUUUGUCUUAUGCUCAGUCACUGUGGUACCAACCCAACCCGCCAACCAAUCACAGCAAAGACCACAUCAGUGCCCUGGUUUCGUCAUAUCAAAUCACAGCUCCACUGAUAGCCCACUUCUACCAUCUAAUGGAUUGUGAAGUGAACCCUAAAUUGAUGGGCUCUCAGCUUCUCCUCAGUACUCUGCUCCAGAACACUGUGAGUGGUUCUGGAGGUCCAGCUGGACUGAUUCUGCAGAGUGAUGGGCCAUAUGACUUCUACAGAGACACCAAUAUGAGUCAGGCCCGGAUCUGCCUGCCAGCGCUAGAACAGCUGAGUAAGGCUGUGAGACAGCGCCUGAGUGACUGGCCCGAACACCCUGCACUUGUUCAGAUCACCAUAGUAAUAGAGAGGAUAUUGGCGUUUAGUCUUUCCAGCCCUCUAGCAAAGUUCCUUAACGGUCUGGAGAUCCUGCUCAGCAAAGCACAGGACUGGGAAAACAAUGCUAGCCGGGCAGUGUCUCUUAGGAAUGAGCUGGAAGCUAUCACACAGCUCAUCAUUCAGUGGAGAAAACUUGAGCUCAACUGCUGGUCAAGCAGCUUAGAUAACGCACAGAAGCGCCAUGCUGAGAAUUCAACCAAGCACUGGUUGUCCAUUUACUAACACGGUCACUCCUACUAGCCACUUCAGCGGGUUGAAUUUUAUAUACAGUAACAGAGCUUGACUCUAGAGUCAAAUGAUGGUGUGGAGAAUCUUUCCCUCUCGUCAGUCUCAUCCACCCUGCAAGCCUUCAUUGAAGGCUCCACCUUAGGAGAGUUUUCUGUUCGUUUGUCCAUGCUGCUUGGUUUUCACUGCCACGUCCUGCUGGCUCCCAAACAGGAAGGAUGUGACUUGCUCUGCAGUUUGCUCUGGAAUCUCUAUAAAUAUUACACACAGUUCUCAGAGAGCAUCCAGGCCAAGAUCACCCAGCUGAGGUCCCCUAUAGAGAAAGAGCUCAAAGACUUUGUCAAAAUCUCCAAGUGGAAUGAUGUCAGUUUUUGGUCCAUCAAGCAGUCAGUGGAGAAGACACAUAGGACCCUGUUUAAGUUUGUGAAGAAGUUUGAGGCGGCACUGAAGGAGCCGUGUGCACCGUGUCUGGUGGAGCAGGGCAGUAACAGCAGCAUGGAUGAUGUGGAUUCACAGCCUGAGGAGACUUCUCUGCACAGGGUUCAUCGAGCACUGAGAGCUGCCCUGCCUGGAAAGGGCAGGGAUCUGCAGGCUGAUGGUCCAGAGGAACUCUCAUCUGAUAAAGAGCCCUCGUCUCUCCAAGCCCGUCUGCCUGUCCUCACGAGGAAGAUGAAAAAGUUGUGUUUUCAACUGGUAAAGAAGACCACUCUGCCUGAGCUCUCAGAAGACCUGGAUCAGUUCACAGCUGAGAUAAUUACCAAUGUGCAGGCCCUGCAGAGCCUGACGGUGGACCGCAGCAUGGAGCAGGAGAAGCAAAAGGCAGAGGUGAAACACAUCCUUCUGCAGAAACAGAGAGCACUGGCUGAUCUCUUCAAGAUGCUUGCACAGAUCGGUCUGUCCUACCGUAAGGGUCUGACUUGGGGUCAUACAGCAGACCCAGAUGAGACGCUGUAUCUGCAGCCCAUGGAGAUGAAGAUAGCCCUGUCUGCAGUCAAGACACAGGACAACACGGCGCACACGUUAUUUGCGGAGAUGAUGGAUGCGUGGGAAGGCUGUGAGAAGUACUUCUAUCGAUCCUGGGCCAGACGCAACGCCAUGCUGACGUCAUUACAAAGAGCUGUUAAGGAGCUUGGACUGGGAAAUAUACAACGAUGUAGAGGUUUCUCUUCUCACCUGUUUAAACUUUUGCUGAGGCAAAGAGGAAGACUUGCCGGACUCACAGAGCACUGGGUCCAACUUAGGAAGUUGAUCGACAGUAUCCAGAGUAUCAAGUCUGACACGCAUUGCUCUGAAGAUGAUGUCAGCGGUCUCCCUCCUCAGAAGCCUCUCCAGCACUGGAUCAUCAGGGCUCAGUCUUCAGUGCUGCACUGCUCUGUUGUUCUCCAUCAGCUCUCUUGGAUCCUCCAGUGCUGUCCUGAAGGUUCUUCUGCAGCCCCUGCUGAGGCCAGGGAGGGGGAGGUCAUGCAGGGUCAAGCCACACUGAGCCACCCGUCUCCCAUGCCCCCACACAUCCAGCCACAGGCGUGUUUGCUGCGGAGAGGGGAGCAGGCUUGGAAGGAGGUGCAGCAGAAGGUGGAGAACCUAAUGAAGGAAGUGAAAGACCUGAAAGAGAAGCUGGAUGGAUUGGCCCUGGAAUCCACAGAAAGAGUUGUCCAUAGCUGGGAUCACUUCACACUUUGCUGUUCCUCUCUGGACCGGCUAGGCAUUGUGGUGGGUCAGAUGCCGUCUCUAGAACAACUCUUUAUUCCUGAUGGUGUUCUGGUCCUCCAUACCCAGCCUGCCCUCAUCUGCGGUCUCCAGGCCAUAAGGACGGAGGUGGAGACUUGCCUCACAGAGUUCACCACCUGGAAGACUCACCUGCUUUCUAUCAGACAGUCACAGAAACGGCGCUCCCAUCAAUUUUCUGCUGAGUUCUCCAGGCAGCUGGAGAAAACAAUAAACAUGGUUCUGUGUGCGGUUCAGAUGCUUGUUAAGAGGAAGGAGAAGGAAAAACCAGAGGAUCAGCAGUCAGAAAGCAAGAGAGAGAGUGACUCAGAGGUGGCAGAGGAGCUCUUGAAACCGGGACACUUGAGCAGGUUACUGGAAGAAGACCUGAGUGAAGAUGUGUCCAGUCUCUCAUUACCAGAGGUCAAUGAAGUCGUAACAGAGCUGCUGGAGAGACUUCGAUCACACAGGGAUGACUGUCAGCCCCACCAACUACAGGAACUGAAAGAGGCAUGUAGGGGUGUGGUGCGUUUGGAGCCCAUGCUGUGUCUGUACUCUGAGUUGGUGAGGUAUUAUCUGGCUGUUAUGAUGGGAGCUCACCGUACCACAGGAAAGCUCCUGUCCGUCCUCGCUAACAUCUUCACUGAACUCGCACAGAAGGUAUAUUGUCUCGUGCUUUCCCUCACUGGUCACUGGAGCCUUUCUGGUUGCACAGAGUUCCAUGAUUAUGAGGGUGGAGGAAUAGGAGAAGGUGAAGGAGUAAAAGACGUCAGUGACAAAAUCGAGAACGAGGAUCAGGUUGAAGACACUUUCCAGGAGGGUCAGGACAAGGAGGAGGAGCAAAACAAACAGGACAUUAAAGAGGAGGACAAUGCCAUUGAGAUGUCUGAAGACUUUGAUGGAAAGAUGCAUGACGGCACAGACCAUGAGCCAGGGGAGGAUGAAGAAGACUCUGAUAAGGAAGAAGAUGAGGAGCUGGAUAAGAAGAUGGGGGAUCUGGGUGAUGGUCAGACAGAUACUCUGGACGAGAGAAUGUGGGGAGAUGAUGAGGAUGAUGAGGAUGAUGUUGACAGUGAUAAAGAGGAAGAGUCUGGUCCAGGAAUGGAUCAGGGAGAGUCAGAGCUGGUGGCAAAGGAUGACAACACAGAUGCUGGAGAGUCAAACAAAGAUAAGAACCAGGACAAAGAUCACCCAAAAGAUGAGGAAGAAAAGGAGAAAAUCCACGAACAGCUGGAUGAGCGUGAGUUUGAUGAAAAUGAAGUAGACCCGUACCACGGUAAGCAGGAGAAGGCGGCAGAAACAGAAGCCAUGGACCUGCCAGAUGAUCUCAACCUGGAUGAAGAUGGCAAGGAUGAAGAGAGAGGAGAAGGAGAUGAGGAGAAUCCAUUUGAUAUAGAUGACAAACUCAUGGAGGUGGAUGAGAACAAGGAAGAAGAGAAAGAUGGGUCGGAGGAAGGUGGAGAUGAGAUGACAGAUGAGCAACAAGAAGGACAGAUAGAGGAACAGGGAGAAGAAGACAAAUCAGAAGAGAAGGAAGGAGCAGAAAAAUCUGAGAAUCAAGAGUCUGACACAGAUGAAAGAGGAGAGAAUGAAGAAGAGGAGAAAGAGGAGGAGGAGAAAAAUAAAGGACAGGAAGAAGGGCAAGAUGAGAACAAGUCCAUUCCAGCUGAUCAAGGGCAAAAGCCAAAGGAGGAAGAGAAUGAGGGUGAGGAUGAUGAAGCACAGAUGGAAUCUGCAGAGAGGAAGGAACAUGCGUCAGAUGGACAGACAGGAGAGGAGAACGUUCAGAGUGACACCGCAGUAGAGCUGGCUGGAGCUGCGUCAGAGAGAGACCAGGCAAAGGAGGAGAACGGCAGCGGGGCCGCAGAUGCCAGUCAGUCUGAAGGGCACGACUCCAAGCUGAUGGCCAGGAUGAGUUCACACAAACAGAGGCAGAGAAACACGCAGAGCUUCAAACGCAAACCUGGACAGGCAGAUAAUGAACGCUCAAUGGGUGAUUAUAAUGAGCGUGUGAAUAAACGUUUGCGUACGGUUGACAACAGAGAGGAGAAAACGCAAGAUCAGUCUCAGCCCAACACACAACAGGAGUCUGACCUGUACGAGCACAUAAAACACGGAGAGGAGCGAUACAAUGCCCAGACAUAUGACGCUGCCAGUGCAGAACAGCAGAAGCCGGCUAGUGUGAAACAGGAAGAGGAGGAUGAAGAAGCAGACAUUGCAAUGGAUGUGGAGGAAGAAAAGGACCUGCAAGCUGUUGAAGCCCAGGAGCUUAAACCUGAGAAGCUAAACGACAAUAAAGCUUCUCAGAAAGGUUUGGAGUGUGGGGACUUGGAGGCACAGAAACAGGCCAAUGAAGAAGAAAAGGAGAAGCCAGAGACACAGAGGAGCAGUAAUGAAGAAAAGAUGAAAGAGAGGAGUGACGAGUCCACCAUCCACACUGUGCCUGAAUUACUAAUGGACAUGCAAAAGGUACCAUUGAAGAACCCAGAAGAGCUGAGAAGAGAGAUGGAGCUGCAGUUGGAGGCCUGGCAGAGACAGACUUUAGGAUCCCAGGAAGAGGAGAGUGCGGCAGCAGCGCUGUGGCAUCAGUACCAGGCCCUGACAUCUCCUCUGUCCCAGCAGCUCUGUGAGCAGCUCCGGCUUGUCUUGGAGCCCACACAGGCUGCCAAACUCAGGGGAGACUUUCGCACAGGCAAACGGCUGAACAUGCGCAAGGUCAUUCCUUACAUCGCCAGUCAGUUCCGCAAGGAUAAGAUCUGGCUGAGGAGAACAAAACCCAGUAAGAGAAACUACCAGAUCUGCCUGGCUGUGGAUGACUCCUCCAGUAUGGUGGACAACCACUCCAAACAGCUGGCAUUUGAGUCGGUUUCUGUCAUAGUGAAUGCUCUCACACUUUUGGAAGUGGGUCAGGUGGCUGUGUGCAGUUUUGGAGAGAGUGCCCAGCUGCUCCAUCCCUUCCGCCAGCAGUUCAAUGACCAAACAGGAGCAAAAAUACUGCGGCUCUGUCAGUUCCAGCAGAAAAAGACCAGAAUAGCUCAAUUUUUAGAGACUUCAACAAAUAUGUUCAUGGCAGCCAAACAGCAGACCCCUGGCUCAACAAGCACUGAAACGUCUCAGUUACUGCUAAUAGUAUCUGAUGGUCGCGGUUUGUUCUUGGAAGGGAAAGAGAGAGUCGCAGCUGCCGUUCAGGCUGCUCGCAGCGCAAACAUCUUUGUCAUAUUUGUAGUGCUGGAUAACCCAAACUCCAGGGAUUCCAUAUUGGAUAUCAAAGUACCCAUAUUUAAAGGGCCGGGUGAGCUGCCGGAGAUUCGGUCCUACAUGGAGGAAUUCCCCUUCCCCUUCUACAUUAUCUUGCGAAAUGUGAACGCCCUCCCGGAGACACUCAGUGAUGCUUUGAGACAGUGGUUCGAACUUGUAACAGCCACAGACCAGUAAUGGACCACAUGGAAGCAAAUUAAGAGGGGCCAGAAGACACAACUGUAAAACUGAAGUUCCACUGCUGCUAGUCGUCCCAAACAUCAGUGCACACAGCACACACACAAAGACAUUAGAAAGGCUGCUGUACAUGUGCCUUUUUUAUUUUUUUGAAUUUGUAGUUUGAUUGAAGUGCUUUCUCCUUUUCAUCACCACAGUCACCAUGAAUUGUUUUCCCAUUGUUACCAUCAAUCAACUUUGCACAUCUUUUCUUUUCUUUUUUCUUUAACUGCAAGGAAAUGUGAUGCCCGUGUGUGGAAAAACUUCAGUUGAACUGACUGAAUGUUGACUGAGGAGAUCCUCCAACCCAGGAGUAUUUCCCCCACCCCCUUUCUUGUCCUGUGUGCAUCCAGUUUGUGAAUGUGAAUGUGACAUUUAGUGUGAAUGGCACUGCCAAUGUUUGGGAAUAUCAUAUGCAAAAAAGUCCAACUGCAUAUCAGUAAUUACCUUCAGACCCAUUUAUGGUUUAUGGUAUCCAAAAAAAAAAAAGUGCCUUUACAAAAACCCAUGUUCCCAUCUAGACGGUUCUCAAUGAAAACUUUGGUACUGACUCCUCACCCACACUGUAUAUUUGAAAGGAUUGUAACUACUGAACCACUGGCUAUUUCGUCUUUACAACCAGAAGCACAAUUUCUGCAAGUGAAGGAAACUUUUUGAAAGCUCUUCUAAAUUGUCUGUGAUUUCAAUCACUGUUCUAUAUCCUACAGAUCUUAGAUAUUUAACCUUAUAGCCAAUAGCUGCAUCUCUUACUAGACAUAUCUAGUUUUAAACAUUUCAUUUUGAAGUAUUUUGAUUCAGUUACAUUUUGCACACAUUUUUCUGCUCGGUCUGUGCAUUCUGUGUCAAAGAAAGCAGCAUAAAAAAAAAAAAAAACUCUUUCAUCAUGUACACAUUGUCCAAAUGCAACAGUAACCUGGUAUACUUCUGUGGUCUCCUGUCAUCUUCCUCGUCUUGGUUCAUGAAAUGAUACUUGCUGAUAACCGUGGAAAUAACAAUUAAACAUUUCUGACAUGUUUUCAUUA